AUGAAUUCUCUUGAGCAAUUCCACCACGCCUUAUAUACCUUCGAAAAGGCCAAGAAAGAGAAGGAAAUAACUGGCAGUUCGGAAGAGGUUGAGUCGCCAAUACUCAACAUGGAUUUUGAUUUUCCGGACGUGCCCCCACCCAUAAAUACGCAAUCCGAAGCAAGUAAAGCCGAUUCGGACCGAGGGUUCCAAGAGAAUGAAGAACAAUUUACGUAUCGAUAUGGUGGGAUAUGA